CUUUUGAAAUGGCAAGUGACGACAAAUUUAAUGAAGCUGAUCUGUGUUUUAUUAGCAAUGUUGAGACAAAUAUAUUUGAUGAAAUUCUGGAUUCUUAUGGGCAACUUCGAUCUGAGGAAAGUAAUAGCUUAGUAGAAUCUGAGGCUGAAACUGAUUGA